CAGGUGGCCAGGGCAGAUAAAGAAACUUAGCCCUCCAUGGAUCUGCCUUACUACCAUGGCCAGCUGACCAAGCAAGAGUGUGAAACCCUGCUCCUCAAGGCAGGGGUGGAUGGCAACUAUCUGAUAAGAGACAGCGAGUCUAUGCCAGGAGUCCUGUGCCUCUGCGUCUCGUUUAAGAAGUUUGUCUACACUUACCGAAUCUUCAGAGAGAAACAUGGAUAUUACAAGAUACAGACUGUGGAAGGUGCUCCAAAACAGAUAUUUCCAAACCUAGAAGAACUAGUCUCCAAUUAUGAAAAACCAGGUCAAGGCCUGGUGGUUCACCUUUCAAACCCAAUAAUGAGAAACAGCUUCUACCAAAGAGGGAGAAGAAUGAAGUUAGAGCUGAAUGUUUAUGAGAACGCUAACGAGGACUAUGUGAAUGUCUUGCCUUGAAGAUAAGGACAAAGGACAAAACAAGCUAAGGGAGGGCUGAGAUGGCAGAGCUCUCAGCUGUCACCACCUCUGCAAGUGGUUAUCAAAAAUGCCAAUUUCUAGAGAGCCUCCAAGACCCUCCUGAUCUGGGUAGCAGGAUUUCUCUACUGAAGCCUUGGAGAAGUCCCUUCCUGCCUCCUGGCACAUGCACAAGAAGCUCCAAAGCCACCUUCACUUGUCACUCUCCUACCUUGGAAUUGGACAGCGAGAAUCCAGUCAUUGCCACUGCAUCCUGGCUGACAACAUCUAUCUAACAGGACAAAGGGAAUGGUGGCUUCAUGAAGAGGAAACAAUACUCUGCAGUGACUUCAGAGUCCCUGACAUGUGUUCUGUGACUUUGGACAAAUCACCCUCUCUAUGUGACUGAGUGGUUCAUACACACUAACCUGGACCCUCUGUUGAGCCUGGUUGUCCCUGGUGGAUCUGGCAUCUGAGCAGAGGAAUCUAGGUCUAAGGAUACUGAAGAAGCAAGCAUGUCCUCCAUUUGUGCAGGUCUUGGUCCUGAUGAGGGCUAUGGCCCAUCCAUGUUCCCUCUUUCCCUUCAGUUUGAGCUAGUCCCAUCUCGUCUUUCUAAGGUUGACUUCCUGCCAGAUAUUCCUCUGGCCACAUUUUUUUUCCUGAUUUUUCCCAAAUCUAUAACACUUUGUCAGCUCUGCCUUCUGAUGAAUGUGAUAAAAAUUAUUUAUUUUUUAUUAAUUUUUUGAUUAGCAUACAUAGAAAUGGGUUUUAUUCUGACAUUUUUAUAUCUAUACAUCAUUAUACUGUAUUUUGUUUGUUAUUGUUUCUCUCUCUUUUUUUGAGACAAAAAUCUCAGUCUAGCCCAAGUUAUUCUCAAGUUCAAACUUCAUGCCUCAAUCUCCUACAUACUGGAAUCACAUGUGGCCAAUAUGUUCUUUUUCUUGGUUUUCCACUGUACUGCCCCUUCCUUUGCACCUUGCUGUGACCCUCCUGUCCCCAAAGAGAGACCCUUCUGCCUAUAUUCCAUUGCCUUCCUUCCACUUUAGAUCUCUUCCUCCCAUCUCAUCAUUCAAUUUCUGAAUUUUCAUGUCCUCCAUAUAUAUGUGUGUGUGUGUAUGUGUGUGUGUAUAUAUAUAGUAUUUAUACAUAUAAACUUAAAUCUAGAUUUUACAUAUGAGAAAAAUGUGGUUUGUCUUAUGAUCUGCUAAAUUUCACUGAACAUAAUGAUCUUCGGGUCUGUCCAUUUUUUGUGUGUGAAUGCUUUAAGUUCAUUGUUCUAAUUCCACUGUGCAUGUGUAUGAAUGACUGGCUAUUUUAAAGAUGUUCUCCCAUGGGUGAUUCUAUGCCUACCUGUGGUCUAAGUGCCAUCAAAGCAUGGGUGUGUCCCCUUAUGGAAACAUGAUGCAUAGAGAUACGUCCUCCCUGCACACAGGAAUCAUGGACUGCAAGCAUUUUUCUGAAGAGUUGGGUGAAACUGACUUUAAGGCCUCUUGAGUCUUUCUGCUAGUUCAAAAUGUUAAACUAAAGCUGGACAUGUAUCUCAAUGGUAAAGAACUUGCUUGGCAUGUACAGACCUCAGGUCAAUUACCAACACAUAGAAAAGAAAGAGGAAUGUAAGGAGGGAGGGAGGAAAUGAAUUAAGGCCUGGUUAGAAGCCAAGUAUGACAGUAUAUAUCUGAAACCCUAGUCAUUUAGGGGUAUUGAGAAUUUGAGAUCAGCCUGGGAAAAUGAGGACAUGGUUGCUCCAAGUUAAUGGUUAAGGAGGAGGUUUUAUUGUAGCUAUGAAGGAGGGAACAGCCAGAGUCAUCUGGAAGGGUCCAGGCUGAACCGGGCCAGCAGACUGAAUGUGCCAUGGAGGAGUGAGGAGCAAAAGGGGAAAAGAAGAGAGAGAAACAGAGAGAGCACACAAGAACCAAGAAACUAAGAGUCCAAAUGAAGAAUCAGGAGCCAAGAGAGCCCUUAGCCACAUAGUUGAUUUUACAUAAGAAAGAGAAGUUGGGAAAAGUCUCACUCAGUAGUUUUGAUGCUGCCCAGCACUUCUUACCCUAAACCUCUCCAGCUUCUCUUUCAAUGAGUGAGCCAGUGUUUCUUUGGGACCUGACAUACAGCAAGAUCCCUUCUCAGAAAUAGUAAAUAAGCAACCCAGUUAAUGCAGAGUGGACACGUUCUGUGCCUUUUAUUUUCAAGCUGUAGUGGUCUAUUUUGAAGAGAGGAACUCCAGACUUCCAGAUAACACGACUGAUUUUGUCACUAGAGUCCCCAAAUGUAUGUAACUGUGAAUUGGGUCCCAGGAAUCCCUUCACUACUAUCAAGUAGAGGCAGCAAAACUGCAGCCAUGUUCAGAGAGCUGAGGCAAGAAAUCCUACGGGCAUCUUUAGUAAAAGACACAAGAAGCAAGCCUGCCCCCUGAGAUUCAGUUCCUGGCCUUUCAUUCUAUGGUACCAACUAGCAUGCUUCAAUCUCUAGAGCCUGCAAUAAUCCUUGGCUAGAAGAUAUAUUCUAUGAAUAUAAAUAAAUGAAUAUAUAGUCUAUGAAUACACACACACAUAUAUGAAUGGAUAGGGCUAUAAAAAUAUGUUCACUCAUUUUAGAUAGUCAAGAUUUGACAGAGCCUUAUACAUUACUCUGUAGCCCAUUUGGAGCUUGAACUCUUGGAAAUUCUCCUUAGCCUCACAAGUGCUAGGAUUACAGGCACAUGCCACCUUCUAGAAGCAAUCACCUCUUCUUUCCCAUGUUUGAGUGAUGCUUGAUGCCAGUGACUUUUGGUGUACUCUUUCCAGACAACUAAAGUCAUGCUUCACCCCUGAUGUUGACCUCAUGCUGUAAAUUCCUGAUAUUUUUGAAAGAUGUUGAGUAAGUCAUAGGAUGAAAAAAAAUGAAACCUUUGAGCAUGUGUCACUGGAAGAGUAAUGCCCAUUAUUAAUUUAAUUGUAUUUAAAUUAUAUAAUUAUGAUUAUAAUACAAAUAUAUAUAAUAUUAAUAGCGAUCA